AUGGAGCGCUCAAUGGACCGUCAACGAUCUUCGGUGCGUAGUAGGGACUCGAAUUCAACCACAAACAGCGAUCCACGGGAGAAAAUUAAGGAUUGCUGCAGGAAAAUUGUCGCUUUUAUGUGCACCCAAGUCGGAGUUGGCGGCCUAAUUGUCGGAUAUGCGAUCGUAGGUGCUUUCAGCUUCAUGUCCAUCGAAACGCAGAAUCCCCCGAAACUCAUCGACAAAAUUCUGAUGAUGCGAAAUGAGACUCUCGAGGGUUUGUGGAACGUAACUGACUCGUACAACACUCUUUAUCGGUAUCGAUGGAAAAUGGAAACGGAUAAAAUUCUGAAAAAUUAUCAAGAUGAGUUUGCCCAAGUAGUGAAGCAAGGUUACGAUGGACGAACGGCGCAAGAAGUUUGGACUUUUCCGGCGGCUCUGAUGUUUUGUCUCUCGGUUUUCACGAUGAUCGGGUAUGGGAACAUGUAUCCGAAGAGCGAUGCUGGCAAAGUUGCGACCGUCGUUUAUGCCACUUUUGGCAUCCCGUUGUACAUUUUGUACUUUAUGAACAUGGGAAAAAUCCUCGCAAACAUUUUCAAGUGGCUCUAUCGAUGGUUGCAUGAGUGCAGCAGUCGCGCCAAUGACGACCCCGAAAGUGAUGCUGCCAGUAGUGUCGCGACACGCAAAAAAUUGAUCGUUCCGUCAACUGCCUGUUUAUGGGUGAUAUCAUUUUAUGUCGCCACAGGCACCAUCAUGUUCGCCGAAUGGGAAAAAUGGGACUAUCUCGAUGCGGCGUACUUUUGUGUCACGAGUUUGUGCAAAAUUGGCAUCGGAGAUUUCGUGCCGGGAGCAAAUAUUUCCGAUUCGCAGAGCGGAAAACAGACAAAACUCGUAAUUAAUUUCGUUUAUUUGCUGCUCGGCAUGGGAAUUGUCGCCAUGUGUUAUAAUCUGAUGCGCGAAGAGGUCCGUGUCAAGAUCCAAGAGAUCAAGGAAGACACGAGAUUGUGUCUGGAAGACGUCAAGAGUCGCUUUACCAAUUGCUUUGGGCGAUGUCGCGGUGACAUUGACGACUACGAGGAUUAA